AUGCGCCGCUCGGUCUGGCUGGCGCUGGCCGCGUCGCUCCUGCACGUGUCCCUGCAAGGCGAGUUCCAGAGGAAGCUCUACAAGGAGCUGGUCAAGAACUACAACCCCUUGGAGAGGCCCGUGGCCAACGACUCGCAGCCGCUCACCGUCUACUUCUCCCUGAGCCUCCUGCAGAUCAUGGACGUGGACGAGAAGAACCAAGUUCUAACCACCAACAUUUGGCUGCAAAUGUCUUGGACAGAUCACUAUUUACAAUGGAACAUGUCAGACUACCCGGGCGUGAAGACCGUUCGUUUCCCAGACGGCCAGAUUUGGAAGCCCGACAUCCUGCUAUAUAACAGUGCCGAUGAGCGGUUCGAUGCCACGUUCCACACCAACGUGCUGGUGAAUUCUUCUGGGCACUGCCAGUACCUCCCUCCAGGCAUAUUCAAGAGCUCCUGCUACAUCGAUGUGCGCUGGUUCCCCUUCGACGUGCAGCAGUGCAAGCUGAAGUUCGGGUCCUGGUCGUAUGGAGGCUGGUCCUUGGAUCUGCAGAUGCAGGAGGCAGAUAUCAGCGGCUACAUCCCCAACGGAGAGUGGGACCUCAUGGGCAUCCCGGGCAAGCGGAGCGAGAAGUUCUACGAGUGCUGUAAAGAGCCGUACCCCGACGUCACCUUCACCGUGACCAUCCGCCGCCGGACCCUCUACUAUGGCCUCAACCUGCUCAUCCCCUGCGUGCUCAUCUCCGCGCUGGCCCUCCUGGUCUUCUUGCUUCCGGCGGACUCUGGGGAGAAAAUCUCCCUCGGGAUAACAGUCUUGCUCUCUCUCACCGUCUUCAUGCUCUUGGUGGCUGAGAUCAUGCCUGCGACAUCUGACUCGGUGCCCUUGAUAGCCCAGUACUUCGCCAGCACCAUGAUCAUCGUGGGCCUCUCCGUGGUCGUCACAGUCAUCGUGCUGCAGUACCACCACCACGACCCCGACGGCGGCAAGAUGCCCAAGUGGACCAGGGUCAUCCUCCUGAACUGGUGCGCCUGGUUCCUGCGCAUGAAGCGGCCGGGCGAGGACAAGGUGCGCCCAGCGUGCCAGCACCAGCAGCGCCGCUGCAGCCUGGCCAGCGUGGAGAUGAGCGCGGUGGCGGGGCCGCCCGCCUCCAACGGCAACCUGCUCUACAUCGGCUUCCGCGGCCUGGACGGAGUGCACUGCGCCCCCACGCCGGACUCAGGGGUCGUGUGCGGCCGCCUGGCCUGCUCCCCUGCGCACGCGCACGACGAGCACCUCCUGCACGGCGGGCCGCCCUCCGAGGGGGACCCGGACCUCGCCAAGAUCCUGGAGGAGGUGCGCUACAUCGCCAACCGCUUCCGCGGCCAGGACGAGAGCGAGGCGGUGUGCAGCGAGUGGAAGUUCGCCGCCUGCGUGGUGGACCGCCUGUGCCUCAUGGCCUUCUCCGUCUUCACCAUCAUCUGCACCAUCGGCAUCCUCAUGUCGGCGCCCAACUUCGUCGAGGCCGUGUCCAAAGACUUCGCCUGA